AUGAUACCGCAGAACAUCCGGAAUCAGAUUCCCGUCAUCGACGGCACGCAGGUGUGCGUCCGCUUCCAGUCGGUCAAGGGCUGCAGCUUCGCAAAGUGCAAACAACGGCACGAGAUCCACCGCCUUCCGGAUGAAGUGGUCGCGUGGCUGACCGGGCUGCACGGCGGCCUCAAGUCCGAACAUCCCCAGCGCGAGUGA